AAGACAAAAAAUGGGAACAUAGAAUCAUCAUCCAGAACCAGUUGCAAGUAGAAGUGCGUUGUCUUGCUCUUACAGUAUUGAGUGUCGUUUUGAUUGUGUCCACCCGUAUUCGCACUAACAUCGAUAUUGGUUUUCAUCGAUUGUAGUUGUAUCAUCGAGAGCUAUCCUUUUGUCUUCAUCAAAAUGACGGCGCUCUCCAUCCAACAUCUUGCUAAGAUCGGCAUUGUCCACGAGCGCACUGUCGAAGCCGCAUCAGCUGGGACGAAAGGUGCGUCUUCUUCUUCGGAGUCUUCAUCAUCAGGAGACUCAAACAAGAAAAAGAAUAGUAAGUCCGAGAACAAAAGUAUUAAUGGAGAAGACAAAAACGCUAAGGCUAGUAAUGCUAAAGCAGCACCAAAGCCGAAGGCUACUUCAACACCAGCAGUAGCAGUAGCAGCUGCACCAACAGGAGCUCCACCAAGCACGAUUAAAACGGUUGGCGAUUUGGAAACGAAGACUGACCUUUUGUACAUGCACGAUUUCAAGUGGACUGAGAUCGGAGAAUAUGCUGAUGACCAUUGCCACAUCACAGCAGUUGCGUACGAAGAAAUUGAUGUCGAUGCUUCAUCGGGUGCAGACCCAUCCAGCACACCAAAGCGAAUCAUUAUCAAGUCGCUCGCUUUCAACACGUCCAUCAUGCACCCACAAGGCGGUGGUCAACCCACUGAUCUCGGCACAGUGAAUGUGCGGAAGGAAAUCUGCGAUGCAGGUGUUGGAGAAAGCGGGAAAUACCGAUUCGAAAUCAAUAUGGUCCGACAUUGCAAGGACAAUGCGGGCGUUGUGUGGCAUGAUGUAGUCCAGGAGAAAAGCCCAGUGUCUUUUGCGUCUCUCAAAGAGCUAGAAGAAGCGCUCUUGUCUCCAACAGGAACAGGCAGACCUGUUUCUAUGACGAUCGAUAUGAAAGCUCGCAUGCUGAACGCCCGUCUGCACACUGCAGGCCAUCUGAUCGACGUCGCUGUUAGCAAAGUAGGCUUGAAGAGUUGGAGACCGGCGAAAGGUACAAUUUGAAUUUAGAAGGCUAUUGCUAUCCUCUUUCUCUGAUGCUUGGAUUUGGAAUCUUUGGAGCUUUUGCUAUUGCUUUCUUUACUCGUUAUUCUCUUUCUCCAGAACCAUUCUCAACAUUCACUUUCACCUACUUGUCUUCCAAAAUUACCACAACAUCACAGGUUACCACUUCCCCGACGGCCCUUACGUAGAAUACAUCUUCCCCAUGGAAGAGAAAGACGAAUUCAACAAGGAUAAAGAUGGCUGGCGCCAACGUAUCGAAGAUGCCUGUGGCGAAACUAUUAAGAUGCAUACUGCAGGUGCAACUGCUCCUGAGGCUAGUGCCGCUGGCAGUGGUGGACGCGGAGUCUCCAUUAGUGUAAAAGCAGGCGUGCGACAUGUAGAGUGCUGUGGAGUCGAAACGCACUGUGGUGGAACACACGUUGACGAUGUCGGAAAAAUCGGCACCAUCUCGGUUGGCAAAAUCGAGCUGAAAAAGGACAGAGCAAGGGUCAAAUACAAGAUUGCGCCAUGCUAAUGAGGAACUAUGCUAAGUAGCAAGGAACUCGACUGCUUCUCAAGCGUGUCUACAGGAUACGAACAAGAAUAUCCAUUUAAUUAAUGAGCAACAACAGUAACAGAUGAAGAUGAACAAAAAGGUCCACAAAAAGUGCCCAUAUUGAGACAUGAAGAUCAACAUGCACAAGUAAGUACUUUUUUUGACUUUUGGUCUUUUGGGGGCACAAGAAUGUGCCAUGAGUAGUUUUGUUGCCAUUCGUAGUUCCACUCCCUUAGUAGCACGAACCGCACAACUACACCCCCAACUCUAUACCACAAAAACCAUCUUUAUUCGGAACCUCUUCCCCUUAGAGCGUUUAGAUUAGUGCUGAAAACGCAAGAAGUCAGAAGUCUAAGAACAAAGAAAUAGAAACAUGAUCUACA